AUGAGACUAUUUUUAAAUCUCCCUAUAACUUCAUUUAAACGUCUACCAUAUUUCAACACCAAUCUAUCACAUUACACUUCAUGCUGGAGAAAAAUGGCGACCGAGGUCGAAAAAGCCCAAACUGCAGCUCCCACAGGAGAUACUAUUUUUGGAAAGAUACUUCGUAAAGAAAUACCUUGCAAUUUUAUUUACGAGGAUGACCAGUGCGUUGCAUUUCAUGACAUUAACGCCCAAGCACCGGUGCAUUUCCUGGUGAUUCCACGAAAACCAAUACCGCAACUUUCAAAGGCUGAGGAUGGAGAUGAAGCUUUGUUGGGUCAUUUAAUGAUAGUUGCUCGUAAACUUGCGAAGCAAGAAGGUCUCGAUCGUGGUUUUCGUUUAGUCAUUAACGACGGCCAGCAUGGUGCACAGUCGGUCUAUCAUUUGCAUCUACAUGUUCUUGGUGGUCGUCAAAUGCAAUGGCCUCCUGAAUGUCUGGUCGCGAAGGUGGUAAAAAGAAGCCUUUGAAGGCUCCAAAGAAGGAAUCAAAAGUUCUGGAUGAAGAGGACUUGGCGUUCAAGCAGAAGCAAAAGGAACAACAGAAAGCGCUUGCCGAAGCUGCAAAGAAAGCGAGUCAAAGGGGACCUCUUGUCACGGGCGGUAUAAAGAAAUCUGGCAAAAAGUGA